AUGGAAUGGUCAGGGACAAGCAACGUUGAGAACAUGAAUGUUGCUUUUAUGCCAGUGCCAAGGCUGGAGUCUAACUCCUCCAACUCGCUCCAUAGCUUCAACUACGAUUCUUAUGCAGCAGGAGAUUGGUAUACUCCUGCCCUAACGCAAGCGACACCCGUUAUCUGUGUACCGGAAUCAGAAAAUACCAGCUGUCCAAGUAACAACGAUGAGAUGAUGAAUAGGAAGAAGAAGCAGAAACUAACGAAAGAACAGUUAGGUUCACUUGAACAGAGUUUUCAAGAAGAUAUCAAACUAUGUCCAGACCGGAAGCUGAAGCUGUCCAAGGAGCUUCGUCUGCAGCCACGUCAGAUAGCUGUUUGGUUCCAGAACCGCCGUGCACGGUGGAAGGUGAAGGAUCUGGAGGAGUCGUACGACUCGCUAAGGCAAGAGUACGACGUGGUUUCAAGAGAGAAUCAAAUGCUACAUGAUGAGGUGGUGAAGCUGAGAGGUAUAAUACUAAAAGACCAUCUGAUGAAGAUGCAAUCAACUCUGAACAACAAUCAAAUGGAGGGAGGGAGUCAAAGUUACGGCGCUGAUCAAUACAGUAAUCCCAUGUUUGUUGCUUCUACGAGCUUGCCCCCGAUAGCGCAACAACGUUAUCCAUGGUAG